AGUUGUGUUGUAAACAAUCCUUCUGAUUCACUUACGCAAAGAGCUUUUCUGUCAAUUCAAGCAACAUCAUCGGACUAUCAAUGGUCAGUGACUGGUCUGGUGCCAUGUACAGCAUCGUGUGGCAACAGAGGCAUUCAACAACCACAGCUAAAAUGUGUCCUUGACAAGCAAGAAGUUAAUAUGUCUUACUGCCUGGAUAAGUCCAGACCGUCCAUAAAACCUGUUGCAUGUAACAGACGAGACUGCCCUCCAAGGUGGAUGGUAACCUCCUGGUCUGCAUGUUCACAGAGCUGUGGAGGAGGAGUACAGACUCGCAGGGUGACUUGCCAAAAACUAACAGGAACAGGGAUCUCUAUACCA